AACGAGUGCCGUUUGUGAGCUCCGGCAACAGAUGGCGGCGGUGGCGGGGAGGACAUCUAGCUCAAAUCUGAUGGGGGUAUAGGCAUCGAUGGAGGACUUCGGACCAGCUACCAGAGUUGAUUAUUUAAUGAAGACCCGGGAGGAGGCCUAACCAUUUUCACCUCGUUGAGAUUUGCUUAUCUGUCGUCUUGGAUUUUGCUCUUUUUACCUUGGUUCUCUACUUGGAGGCCGCAGAAGCCUCGGGCUAGAUUUGUCGAUACACCGAGCCGAGUGCGAGAAGACAUCUGUGGGACUGUUUGGAAAGUGUGGUAAAAAUGUAUUUGCCAGAAUUUUGCGUUUUGAAAUAGUAAUGUUUUUAUUUUGUGGCGUGGGUUGUGUUUACACGACAGCCAAAAGUGGAAUUAAUGUGGAGUAGUAGAAAGUUAAGUAGUUAGCUAGCUUCCAAUGCUAGUUAGCUUCCUAGCAGCGAAACUCUUGCUUGUUGAAUGAAUGAAUGAAUGAAUGAAUCCGCGACCACUUGCAUUUAACUAGCAGCUGCUUGUUGAUAUUACAAGAGCACAUCAAAUAUUUCACAAGGCGACACCCAUUUUUCUCAACAGGGUGAGCCGGAUAGUAUAUACCCACAAAUGGACAGGAAUGCGAUUCCUGGGAGUUGGACAGCGGCGAUUUAGCACACAAAGAUAGUGUUGUGUUAAUACUGCCCGUAGCCUGGUAAUGUUUAUGAGGCUGGGGGAGGCAGACUUUAGCUAGCUACAAAUAUUUGCACUACUCGGACUUGGCUGUAACAGUGUGAAGCUUGCACUCGGUUUGGAAUGGGGAACACGGUGUCAUGCUGCGUCUCUCCCGAGUCGAGCCCCAAACUACCUUCGAGACAACCGGCAGAGCGGCUGGAGGAGUUCCAGACCAGCACCGAAGUCAGCGAUGACAACACCGUGCCCUACCUGCAGCAUAUCAGCGACAGAGAGGUCCCUGAUGAGCUGGCCUUGGAGUCGAACCCAUCGGACCAUGCCCGAGCGAGCACCAUCUUCCUUAGCAAGUCUCAGACAGAUGUACGAGACAAGAGGAAAAGCAACCAUAUAAAUCAUAUCAGUCAUGUAUCUCCUGGUCCACUGUCAAAGAAAUACAGCUCCUGUUCCACAAUCUUCAUAGACGACAGCACCGUCAGCCAGCCAAACCUCAAAAGCACAAUCAAAUGUGUCACAUUAGCAAUAUACUACCACAUCAAAAACAGGGAUUCAGACAGGUCACUGGACAUCUUUGAUGAGAAGUUGCACCCCUUAUCAAGAGAGCCAGUGCCAGAUGACUACUCCCGUUUAGACCCAGAACACAAACUGAUCUACCGCUUUGUCAGGACGCUCUUCAGUGCUGCACAGCUCACAGCAGAAUGUGCCAUCGUUACACUUGUGUACCUGGAACGCCUGUUGACCUACGCUGAGCUGGAUAUCUGCCCUGCCAACUGGAAGCGCAUCGUUCUGGGAGCCAUCUUGCUGGCCUCCAAAGUCUGGGAUGACCAGGCUGUGUGGAAUGUCGACUACUGCCAGAUCCUUAAGGACAUCACUGUGGAGGACAUGAAUGAGAUGGAGCGUCACUUCCUGGAGCUCCUCCAGUUUAAUAUCAACGUGCCAGCCAGUGUCUAUGCCAAGUACUACUUUGAUCUACGGCAACUGGCUGAUGACAACAACCUCAGCUUCCCCCUGGAGCCUCUCAACAACCAGCGCGCCCAGAAACUAGAGGCCAUUUCAAGACUAUGUGAGGACAAGUAUAAGGACCUGAGCCGAGCGGCGAUGAGGCGAUCCUUUAGCGCGGACAACCUGAUAGGUAUACGACGCUCCAAUGCUGUGCUCUCAUAGGCCAGACUGCUGCCACCUGCCCUCUGAUUUCCAAAGCCCAGCUAACCCACAGCCAGCCCCGGACAAACAUGGCCACCUCACGGGGUCGACACAGCCACAUCAGGCAGGAUUCAGGCUUGAAAUGCGUAACAGCUGUAGAGCUGCAUGAUUAUGAAAACUAAAACUUCACCAUUCAACCAUUGAUUUUUCUACAAAUCCCUUAUUUAUUUCUUGAAUGUCCCCUGAUUUCCACAGGACUGGCUCUGAUGCAGUCGAUCUUUAAAGGUGUAGUCCUGAGUCAAAAAAAUGUUUUUUAAUUAUUCCAUAUCGGCUUAAAGGAUGAGACUGGUGUUUAUUUUAUCAUUUACCAAAUCCCAUGAAAAGACCAGAACCUACCAUACGUUAGCCCGUCUGUAUACACCUUGACUUCCCUACAUGUCUGUGGCAACUCAGGGGUAACAAAUAUACCCACUGUUGUUGUAGUGUUUAUCCAGCGUUACUCAACCAGGAGGAAACAUUUCUACAUUUGUUGGGGGACUAUUUAAAAUCAUUGAUCAAUACACAUUUGUUGUUGUCGAGAGUAUCUCUGGAGGCAGAAAGGGGUAGUGUUAGAACAUAUCACCCAGUUCAGCAGUGUGGCCUGUUGGUGUGUUUUUAAUAGUUUAAUUACAGUUGAGCUGUAUGGCACAGAGGAAUAAGAUCUCGUGCUUUGGCUACACACACAGUCCUCCUUCCAUCAGUUUAUUGCUGGUUUUGGUCUUUUCCUGGGAAGAAGAGAAAUAUAGAAUAUCACCAGGCACACAACAAAUGCAAAAUGCUCUUUCUUGUAAAUUAGAAUUAAUACCAAAAGUUACUUUUGAGGGUGUAAAUCAAACUUGUUUACUGUUCAUACUAGUGGUGUUGCAUUCUGUUUGAGUAAAUGAUCUACCCAUUUGGAUUUAGCAUACAGCAUGUCUCAGAUGAGAAGUAUUAAACUAUAAAUAUUCUACAGGAGUUGGCUGAAGCACACACACCUUCAGUCAGCUGUUGCCUGUUGUGUUUGUGUGUCAGGGUAUCAGGAGUGCCAAUCUGGGAUCAGUUUCACUUUUCAGAUACACUACAGUUGGUCAAAUGGGACAAAGUGGCUUGAUAAAGCAGUGAAGUUGACACAAUGACAUAAUGUCGGUUAAAAUCCUACCCUCCUGACCCCUGCAUCAAAGAGCCGGUCGGCAGAUUACCAAGAACCCCCCACCCCCACCCCCCACCCCCGCUUGUCCCAGGCCCCGACCAGAGCUUUGAACGAACUACAUAGAUACUGAGGGGAAAUAAGAGACUGAUGGAUACUCCCCUCCUUUUUGCUUACUAUGUAGGCCACUAGCUGUGAAAUUUGUCUUGUUUUUAAUUGAAAAAAAGGAGAAAAAAAAAACAUUUGCAGAUGGAGUAUUUUAAAUAAACACUAAUCAUGUAACAAAGA